AUGUCCGCCCAAUUAAAGACCAACAACGACCGCAUUGCUUUGAAUAAUGGCAACAAAAUUCCAGUCAUUGGAUUAGGUACUUGGGAAUCCAAUAAAGAUGCAUUUUUGACAGCACUCAAACUUGGAUAUAGACACAUUGAUACCGCCACGAUUUACAAGAAUGAAGAACAAGUCGGUCAAGCAAUUAAGGAGUCUGGAAUUCCAAGAGAAGAAUUAUUUAUUACCACGAAAGUAUGGAACAAUGACCACAAAAAUGUUGAGCAAGCUUUAGAAACAUCAUUGAAGAAGUUGGGUCUUGAUUAUGUUGAUUUGUAUUUAGUUCAUUGGCCAGUGUCUAUUGAUAAAACAACUAAAGAACCAUACCCGGACUAUGACUACGUUGAUACUUAUAAAGAGUUGCAGAAAAUCUAUAAAACCACAACCAAAAUCAAAUCAAUUGGAGUCUCUAAUUUCACUAAGAGUCAAUUAGAAAGAUUGUUAUCUGCUGAUGGGGUUGAUGUUGUACCGGCUGUUAAUCAAGUUGAAGCACAUCCAUUAUUGCCUCAACCGGAAUUGUAUGAGUACUUAAAAGAAAAGGGAAUUACAUUAGAGGCUUAUUCUCCAUUGGGUACGAGCAGUUCUCCAUUGAUUAAAAAUAAAACAAUAGUUGAAAUUGCCGACAAGAAUGGAGUUGAUCCUGCUCAAGUUUUGAUUUCAUGGGCUGUUCAAAGAAAAACAGUAGUUUUGCCAAAAUCAGUCACCGAAUCAAGACUUGUGUCAAAUUUGAAAACAUUCGAAUUAUCUGCAGAGGAUUUUGAUACUUUAAACAAGUUAUCUGAAAAAGAGGGUAUCACUCGAAUCAUUAACCCUUUCAAGAAUUUCCAAGAUUAA